GCGGGGCCGCGGGGCGGGGCUUAGGACUCCUCCAGGUGCCCAGCGGGCGGCUUCCGGGCUCCGUCCAGACUCGGUGCCGGGCGCCGCCGAGCUCCCAGCGGACUGCGGGUCUGAGUCUACGUGGAGCGCGGUCAGGCGGCACCGGGAAAAGUGCCUACGGUGCGGGUCCAGGAAGUGCCAGGGGGGCGGAGAGCAGGCGUUGGAGGAGCUCGGGCAGGUGGAGACCGAGCGCGGGACCGGGCGGGGUGUCAUUUCCCGAGGCAGAGGGGACGGUGGCCGUCACCUUCCUAGCCUCUCUCAAUGUUUUUCAAACCUGACAAGAUGAACUUCAGCGGGAGCCCAGUACGGUGAUUUCUUAGGAGGCACAGAAGGCUUCUUUGAAGGGCUGUGUACCCUGUUGAAGCAUGGCAGAAGCAGUGUUGAUUGAUUUCUUUGGUUUGAAAUCGAACUCACAGAGAAACAGCCACCAGGUAUUACUGAAGACAUUGAAUGCUGUCCGAUACCACCAUGCUGCCAAGGCCAAGUUUCUUUGCAUAAUGUGUUGUAAUAGCAUCACCUGUGAAAGGGAUGCGACACAUAACUUUGAAUUGGAAGCAAGCAAUGGAUUAUCAGCUCUCUUGAGAGAAUUUGAAACUGUUAGCAAUCCUAGUAUGGCUGCCUCCUUGUAUACUAUUAAACAAAAAAUUGAUGAAAAAAAUUUGAGUAGCAUUAAGGUAAUUGUACCCAUGCACCGGAAGACAUUACUGAAAGCUUUUAUUGAUCAACUCUUCACCAACGUUUACAAUUUUGAGUUUGAAGAUUUACAGGUGACUUUGAGGGGAGGUCUUUUGAAACAGUCCACUGAAAUAAACACAAUUACAGAUCAAGAACAAGAAGCAAUCCAGAACGAAAUAAAAACAUUUUUGAGAAGCCUGCCAACACUGAAAGGAGAAUUAACCAUUAUCACAUCUCCUUUAAUCUCAGAUAUUUUCUUGCAUGGAUUUACUACAAGAACAGGUGGAAUAUCUUACAUACCAACUCUUAGCUCAUUCAACCUCUUCAGUAGUUCCAAACGGAGAGAUCCCAAGGUGGUUGUUGAAGAAAAUCUGCGUAGGUUGGGGAAUGCUGCAGGAUUUAAUGUGGAGAAAUUUUACCAAAUAAAGACUGAUCAUGCCAAUGACGUCUGGAUUAUGGGAAGGAAGGAGCCUGAAUCUUAUGAUGGAAUUACCACAAAUCAGAGGGGAGUCACAAUAGCAGCCCUUGGUGCUGACUGUAUACCAAUAGUUUUUGCUGAUCCUGUCAAAAAAGCAUGUGGGGUUGCUCACUCUGGUUGGAGAGGUACUUUGUUAGGUGUUGCUAUGGCUACAGUGCAUGCUCUGAUCACAGAAUACGGCUGUGGUUUGGAAGACAUUAUCGUUGUACUGGGCCCUUCAGUAGGACCUUGCUGUUUUACUCUGCCAAGAGAAUCAGCAAAGGGGUUUCAUAAUCUUGAUCCUGAAUGUGUACGGUUAUUUGAUUCACCAAAUCCCUAUGUUGACAUUCGUAAAGCCACUAGGAUUCUUCUAGAACGAGGAGGAAUUCUACCACAGAAUAUUCAGGACCUGAACCAAGAUCUCAACAUCUGUACAUCCUGCCAUCCUGACAAGUUUUUCUCCCAUGUCCGAGAUGGCCUUAAUUUUGGUACACAGAUUGGCUUCAUAUCAAUUAGAGAAUGAGAUACUUGACUGGAUUUUUACACAACUGUUUCCUGCCUCCUUCUAAACCCUUCGGCAAAAGAGAAAUUUAGCUGUUUGAUUUACUUAAAGCUGAAAGGAUUAUAAUGGAUAAUUCAUCUUUAGGUAUAUUUUCAUUAAUAUCCAAAAACCAAAUGAUUUUUAUUUGAUUCUAACAAAAUCUAGAUAAGGAUUAUUCUUAAAGUUUGUUCUAUUUUCUAUGUUACAUAAAUCUGGAAUAGGUCUGCUCAGUUCAGUAUUUAUUGGAUACCCUCUAUUUGUCAAGCAUUGGUAAAGCAUAGGUGAAUCAAAAUAAGUAGUAACUUUUCCCCUUAAGUCUAAUGCAGUGGAGGAGAUAGACACCUAUAAUACUUAAAUUUAAUUUUGUUAGUAAUGGAAGAGUACAGAAGAAGAAAGGAUUAAUUCUAUCUGGAAGGCAGGAUAGUGAAAGUGCUAUAGAGAAUAUGAUAUAUCACAUGGGCCCAAAAGAUGUACAGGCUUUUGACAAAUGAAGAACAACCAUAACAGAUAGAGGGAACACCAUGAACUAGGGCAUGAAAUUGAGUGUGUAACAUGUUAUAGAGAGAGAAAUGUGUAGGCAGAAGUUACUGGAAAAACAGUUUGGAAAGAGAUUAAUUAGGGUCUCACAUGCCAUGUCAGAGAGUUUAGAGUUGAUUUUUCAGGUAAAAAGUAGGCAUAAAAAGUAGGGGAGUGUUUUUAUUUCCUUGGCAUCUAUAACAGGAUGGAUUUAAAUUGCAAGAGAUCAAGGCAGAGGGAAUUAGUUAACAGGCAAAAUAUUUUUACAAAAAUAAAAAAUGAAGCCUAAAUAAAUACCAUGGAAACUAAGAUGGAAAAGAAUAGAUGGAGAAAGUUUUCAGACAUGGAAUCAGAGAUCCUCUUAAUAGAUGAAGACAGGUGAAGAAGAGUGGAGAAGUCAUUGAUGACUCCAAGAUUUCUGCUUGGUUAACUAUCGAGAGUGGCAACAAGAGGAAGAAAGAAGUUUGGGAAAAGGGAGAAGGAUGAUGAGUUUGACACACAGACUAAAGUAUAUACAGAUGGAAAUAUUUGGUCAAUGACGAGAAUACAGCCGUGGCACCUUGGUGGGAGCUGGGAGAAAGAGCUUUAGAAGUUGGCUAUGCAAAAAUGAGGCCUGAGUCCAUUGGAGUAGACUGAAUCAUCUAGGCAGAACUACAAGAUAAGAAAAAAAAGGGGGUUUGAGGGUGAAACCUCUUACAAUACCUGCAUUUGAAGAAUAAGAAGCUGAACCAAUAAUAAUAAUAAAAAAGAUUAAUCAUUAGAAAUCAGGAAAAAACACCCAGAGUAUUCCUAGUUUGAAGAAAGAAGCAAGCGUGGAUGUGAGAGGUACUCAGAAUUUUCAGAGAGAAAACAUACAAGAAAUGUUCAGAGAUGGAAUAAAAUGAGGACUAAGAAGAAACCAGUGGAUUAACCAUUCUGAGGCUGUUCUAUAGGCAGUUGUGGGAGAGUUGGAUUUCAGGGCACUGACGAAGAGGAUGCAUAGGUGUCCACUCUUCUUUGAUAGUAUUUACUAGAGAAGAUAAAGAACUGGGGGGCUAUAUCUCAAAGGAAGAGGUAUUUUUUUUUCUUUUGAUCAGGAGUUUUAAGUAUAUUUGUAGGCUGAAGAGAGGAGUCAAGCUAUUUUCACUUGGGAAAAGUGGUAUAUAUGGCAUGUAUUUUUAAUGUUUGUAGUUACACUGCAUCUUAAAAAUUUUUAUCCUAUUCAUAUGUUUCUUUAUGAACAGGUAGUAGAAUAAUGGAAAAUUAUAUUUGUCGGGUAUUUACAAGGGACUUAACAUAUAUUACCUCAUUUUAUCUUUACAGCUAUUCUGAAAUACAUGGGCCAAUUGUUAUUUUUAUUCAGAUGAGGUAACUAAGUCUCACUGAGGUAGAGUUUAAAAUCAUACAAUUUGUGAUAAAGUAGGAUUUGAACCCACAUCUUGUGACUUCAAAUCUCAUUUCAGAUUUUACAGUUAAUCAAAGCUAUCUAAGUCGAAUUUUUAUUUUCAACUUUUUAUUAAUAUCAUCCUUUCAUACAUUCAGUCAAAAUUUUGUUGAGAUACUAGGAUAGGUUAAAAAAAUGUAGCCUUUAGGAGGUUUAAUAUAUAGUGAAAGAUGGCAGUCAAUAAACCAGCAACUGUAGUACUGUGAUAUGUGUUGUAAAGUUGUCACAGCCUGAUACCUUGUUCAGUUGAUUUCUUCUAUGCAACUCAUAGGUCAGUGUAAAAUUUAAAUACCUCAUUUCUUCCAGUUCAGGGAAGGCAUUAAACACAAAGUAUAGGACAACAAUUUAAAACUCAGGCAAAAUACUUUUGUUUAAUGAUAACAAUAAAGAAUAAUUUCACACAUUAAGAAAAGUUGAUAAUUUUCCAGUUCUUUACUAUGCAUUAUUUUGUUUGAAGUUUACAAAUUUACAAGAGUAUUAGGUGGCCAUAUUCACAUUAUGUACCAAAAUAUUCUAAAAUAAAAUAAAAUUAUAUUUGACUAUGAUUUUAAUUUAUCUGUUCCAAAGUAUUUUAAUGAAAAGUCUCCAUGCUGUUUUACUGAGUGAAAAAGUAUUGGUUCAGUAACUUAGAGACAAAAAUAACUAGGUUGUUAAAUAAUCAUGUCUUAUUGUUUCUGUAAGAUCUUUGUCACUCUGAAGCAUUUAUAUAUAGGCUUAUGGUACUUUGACGGUACAACCACAAUGAUGAUUUUUAUUUUUAAUAAGUAGUUUUCAAGCUAAGCUCUGCUACUAACUGUGGGUAGGCAAUACUGGUUGUCAUUUUAUUAAGAAAAGGAAUUAAGUUUGUAAAUUAGAUGAGAACUCAUGACAUGAUUCUUUGGAGGUACUAAGUAUCAAACUAAACUUUGUCUAACUUUGUAAUUUUAAAUUGUGAAUAAUAGUAUAGUUACCAAGUAACUUUGCUAUAUUCCAUUGCUUUAUAAAACAAAUGAAAAGUGAUGUUUCCACUAGGAGGUAGUAUUUCUACAAGUAGCUUUGCUCUGUUUCUUGGUAUAAAGUUGAAUCAGUCUUACUCUCUGUGUUUAAUUGUAUCAGGGGGGAAAAAAAAGGAGGUGAAUUUAAAGUUAA